CGCUCCCCGCCGCCGCCGCCGCCGCUCGCCGCCGCCGCCGCCGCGCUGCAGGACUGGCUAUGGCCACCGCCACUUCCGGGUUCCGUCACUUCAUUCUCCCGCCGAUCAGCGCUGCAAAACUGAGCCGCUUCUAUAAGGCAGCCGGCAGCCAACCUGCCAGCACUCACUGACACUCACCCAUCUCCGGAGCGAGCGGGAGAGGCAGAGCUCGCACCCGCCGGGAAAAGCAAAAAAAAAAAAAAAAAAAAAAAGAGAGAGACAGGCAGACAGACAGACAGAAAGAGGAGAGAGGGCGAAGUCCGGGCUUUGCAAACUACUCAAUUUUUCUUCGCAUCUUCCCCCACCCCCCUUCACAGUACUCAAAAAAAAAAAAAAAAAAAAAAAAAAAAAAAAAAGAACCCUAUAGCGAUCCUAAAAGGCAAAACCCAAGCGCGGAGUUACUGGAAGAAGAAACCGGGGUUAAAAAGAUUCCUCCUCUCUUCUUCAUCAUCAUCAACCAUCAUUCAUUCACUACCUUGACAUUCCCUGGCUUUGAUUGACAGCUGGAGUGGCAAAAAGCCAUGAGACACGACAGUUUGGUUACAUGUGGGUUGCUGACGGGCCGAUCGUAACCUUCAGUUUGGGGGCUUGACAAUUUUUUUUUUUUUUUUUUUUUUUUUUUUGCGUAGAGAAAGAAAAAAGGAAAAAGAGAGAGAGAAAGAAAAAGGAAAGAGAAAGAGAGAGAAAAAAGAAGAAAUACACAGAAACUCAUCGUGGUUCUUGACUGUUUUUUAUAUAUUAUUGUUAUUGUUAUUGUUGUUGUUAUUAUUAUUAUUUACGCAUAUUGGAGGACAGGAGAAGUCUAUAAGUGGGUUGCAAAAAAAAAGGAAUCUUCUUCACUCUAAAUCACUUUCUUUGCUGGACUGGGAUAUUAAAUAUACGACACAUCCAGGAGUUUAUUGGAGCGCAGACUGAUGGCGCAAAGGUACGAUGAGCUGCCCCACUACGGCGGGAUGGACGGAGUAGGGGUGCCGGCGUCCAUGUACGGGGACCCCCACGCGCCGCGGCCGAUCCCCCCGGUGCACCACCUCAACCACGGGCCGCCGCUCCACGCCGGCCAGCACUACGGCGCCCACGCCCCGCACCCCAAUGUCAUGCCGGCCAGCAUGGGCUCCGCUGUCAACGACGCCCUGAAGCGGGACAAGGAUGCGAUCUACGGGCACCCGUUGUUCCCCCUCUUAGCUCUGGUCUUUGAGAAGUGCGAGCUGGCGACCUGCACGCCCCGGGAGCCCGGCGUGGCCGGCGGGGAUGUCUGCUCCUCCGACUCCUUCAACGAGGACAUCGCCGUCUUCGCCAAGCAGGUCCGCGCUGAAAAACCACUUUUUUCUUCAAACCCAGAGCUGGACAAUUUGAUGAUCCAAGCAAUACAAGUACUAAGGUUUCACCUUUUGGAAUUAGAAAAGGUUCAUGAGUUGUGCGAUAACUUCUGCCAUCGGUACAUUAGUUGUUUGAAAGGAAAAAUGCCAAUAGACCUCGUUAUUGAUGAAAGGGAUGGCAGCUCCAAAUCAGACCACGAAGAACUCUCAGGAUCUUCCACAAAUUUAGCCGACCAUAAUCCUUCAUCUUGGAGAGACCACGAUGAUGCAACCUCAACGCACUCGGCAGGCACACCGGGGCCCUCCAGCGGGGGCCACGCUUCCCAGAGCGGAGACAACAGCAGCGAGCAAGGAGAUGGUUUAGACAACAGUGUAGCCUCACCUGGUACAGGGGAUGAUGAUGACCCAGACAAGGACAAAAAACGUCAGAAGAAAAGAGGCAUUUUCCCCAAAGUAGCAACAAAUAUCAUGAGAGCGUGGCUUUUCCAGCAUCUCACACAUCCAUAUCCUUCAGAGGAGCAGAAGAAACAGUUAGCCCAAGACACAGGACUUACAAUUCUACAAGUAAACAACUGGUUUAUUAAUGCCAGAAGAAGAAUAGUACAGCCUAUGAUUGACCAGUCAAAUCGAGCAGGUUUUCUUCUUGAUCCUUCAGUGAGCCAAGGAGCAGCGUAUAGUCCGGAGGGUCAGCCGAUGGGGAGCUUUGUAUUGGAUGGUCAGCAGCACAUGGGAAUCCGGCCCGCAGGUUUGCAAGGCAUGCCAGGGGACUACGUAUCUCAGGGUGGUCCUAUGGGUAUGAGUAUGGCACAGCCAAGUUACACUCCUCCCCAGAUGACCCCACACCCUACUCAAUUAAGACAUGGACCCCCAAUCCAUUCAUAUUUGCCAAGUCACCCCCAUCACCCAGCCAUGAUGAUGCACGGAGGACCCCCUACCCACCCUGGAAUGACCAUGUCAGCACAGAGCCCCACAAUGUUAAAUUCUGUAGACCCCAGUGUUGGUGGACAGGUUAUGGACAUUCAUGCCCAAUAGUAUAAGGGAACUCAAGGGAAAAACAAAAACAAAACAGAAACAAAAACAAAAACUAUUUUAAGACUUUUGAACUUUGACCAGAUGUUGACACUUAAUACGAAAUUCCAGACAGCUGUGAUUAUUUUUUACUUUUUGUCAUUUUUUCAUCAACAACAGAGGACCAACGAAACAAGAACACAAAUGUGAAAUCAUGGGCUCACUGAAAUGAUUAUGUCCAUGUACAGAUCCUCUGGAAAAAAAAAGACUCCAAGAGUUAUAACUACUGUAGUAUAAACAUAGGAACUAAGUUAACUUGUACAUUUCUGUUGAUCACUCCGUUACGUUGCCUCAAAUAGUUUUAGAAGAAAAAAAAUCCUUGUUUUCCACACUAUGUGUGUUGUUCCCAAAAGAAUGACUGUUUUGGUUCAGCAGUGAAGUCACUAUCCAUGAAAGACCUGUUUUGGCCAGUGAGAAAAGAACUACCCUGGAGAUGAAGAUGAAAAGUCUUGCUGGGUCCCUCGUCACUCAGAAGACUGAUCCAAGAAGGCCUUGCCAUCCCCUCGUUUUGUUCCUUCACAAAAUGUGUCCUUUAGUUUCAAACAGAUCUUUAUAGUUUGUGCUUCAUUAAGUCUCUCCCCAUUCCUCCCCCAUCUAUUUUUUUUUGGACUCUUCUUCAAAGAGCUUGCAGGUGAAGAUUUAAGAGACAGAACAGAGAGAGCAGGAGCUUCUUCCAGUAGUUCUGAGCCUUGGCUUUGGACAAAACAAAACUAAAAGUUGGGCAGCUUUCCUCAAUGAAAGAAGUUAUUAACGGUCUUUGCACCAAACCUAGAACUUUAUCAUGAACUCAAAGCUUGGGAAAAAAAAGCAAGAGAAUACUGUAACAAACUUCGUACAGAGUUCGGUCUAUUAAUUGUUUCAUGUUAGAUAUUCUAUGUGUUUACCUCAAUUGAAAAAAAAAAGAAUGUUUUUGCUAGUAUCAGAUCUGCUGUGGAAUUGGUAUUGUAUGUCCAUGAAUUCUUCCUUUCUCAGCACGUGUUCCUCACUAGAAGAAAAUGCUGUUACCUUUAAGCUUUGUCAAAAUUUACAUUAAAAUACUUGUAUGAGGACUGUGACGUUAUGUUUUAAAAAAAAAGGUGUUAAGUCACAAAAUGCGGUAAUAAAUAUUUCAUUUUUGAUUUUU